CGUACACUUCAGGACUCCAGACCUAGACAUCCGUAUUCUUAAACAUGGCUGCUACAACUCCAAGGCCCUGCGUGGUCUCUAUACUAUUUUUUCUAUCUACCUUCCUUGCUUUUGCAAAUUCAGUGGUAGAUGUGAGCGGCAAUAGUCUUAACUUUCUGGUGAUUGGUGACUGGGGCGGUAUGUCUGAUGAACCCUACUACACGGUUGGACAGAGCAAAGUUGCAUCAGUAAUGGGCGAAAAAGCUGAAAAGAUUGACUCUCAAUUCACUCUGGCAGUUGGAGACAAUUUCUAUGAAGAUGGAGUGAAGGAUGUGGAUGAUCCUCGCUUCAACGAAACAUUUGAAGAGGUGUUCACUGCUCCUUCUCUUCAGAAACGUUGGUAUGCUAUAUGUGGCAAUCAUGACUACAAUGGUAAUGCAUCAGCACAGGUUGCAUACACGCAAAAGUCAGCUCGAUGGUACAUGCCUAGUUUUUACUACACUGAGAUAUUCAACCUCAGUAGCUCAAAUAUCACAAUUCAAUUUGUGUUCAUUGACACUGUUAUUCUUUGUGGCUUGUCACACCCAAAACUGAGACACUUGCCACCCAGCGGUCCACAGAGCUCUGAUCUUGCUGAUGAUCAGUGGGCCUGGAUUGAAAGUACACUCCAGCAAUCAACUGCUGACUGGUUGAUAGUUAGUGGACACUAUCCUGUAUGGUCAGCUGCUCAUCACGGUCCUACUGAUAUACUUGUAAAGCAAUUGAGGCCUUUACUAAUUAAAUAUAAUGUAACUGCAUAUAUCGCCGGUCAUGAUCAUGACAUGCAGCACUUGAAGGAAGACGACUCUUCAGUUAAUUAUUUUGUCUCAGGAGCAGGUCACGAGGUGGAUUCAUCCUCUAAGCAUGAAGACAGUGUACCUGAAAACUCACUGAAGUAUCGUUAUGGCAAGAGCGACUCUGAGAAACAUGGAGCUUUUGGCGUUGUUACAAUUAAUGACAAGAUUAUGAAUGUCACGUUUUUCAAUCACCAUGGGAGAGAACUUUACAAUACUACAGUGGAGCGGAUCAGAAAUAUACAUUGAGAACUGUUUAAUGUUUGUAAUGUUUACGUUUUAAUUUUAAUGUUUAAUUUUAAUGUUUAUGUUUUGUGCAUGUGAUAAACUGUGAUUAAAAUGAUUAUCAUUACAGAGUAA